GAAGAUUCACUAACUUUUUUUAUAUUAAUUUCAAUUUUAACAGAGCAAAGUGACAACACAAUGGCCUUCACAACAAGGCUAUCAAUAUUAAUAUUUCUAUUCAACACAAACAUUCUUUGCCAAGUUGAAUGUGAUGAUCCAUUGCCGCCUCCUCCCCCUCCACAGUUUCGAACAAGUGCACAGUAUCAUUUCCCAUACAUACAUCAAUCGUUUCAAUGUGCCAGUGAAUGCCGUUGUUCACCAUUCUUUCCUUUUGCCAUGUACUGUGAGAGUCGGAAGCUAAAGUACAUUCCCAAUAUCCCAGCAGGUACACACUAUUUAUACCUGCAGCACAAUGAGAUAGAAGCAGUACCCGAGAAGGCGUUCAUCAAUGCCACAUCCCUUCAAGAAAUCCACCUCAGUUACAACAAAAUAAAAUCUUCCAUGAUAGACAAAGGUGUAUUUGGGAGGCUAAAAUCCCUUGUUCAUCUUCACCUGGAACACAACAAAUUGGAUAAAGUUCCAAGUCCUCUGCCAAGCUCACUUGAAAGACUUUUCUUAGGUUUCAACAAGAUAAGCAAGCUGCCUGGGGACACUUUUCAUGGAUUGGUUAACAUUACCAUGUUGAAUCUCUGCAAUAACCAACUCACCGAUGGUUCCUUCAAGGGAAAUAUUCUUGCAAGAAUGAAGAGCCUCAUGCAGGUAAACCUAUGUAACAACAAGCUGAAAUCUAUGCCAGCAGAACUCCCAGCCUCUCUUUUGCAGCUUUCAGUGGAAAACAACUCUAUAUCAUCUCUCCCACCAAAUUACUUCAAGAAAGUUCCACACCUCAUCUCAUUAAGGAUGGCGCAUAAUAAACUGAAAGAAGUUCCAUAUGCUGUAUUCAACCUCUCAAAUCUGCUGGAGCUGAACAUGGGGUACAACAAACUAAGUCAAGCCUUCUACAUUCCCAGGCGUUUGGAACACUUGUACCUCAACCAUAACCAUUUUACAAGGUUUAAUAUUACACUGAUGUGUCCUACAACUGAUUUACAGAACCCAAAACAACUGACCUACAUGCGAGUUGACAAAAAUAUGUUGACACGUAGGUUUGAUGCGUUCCUGUUCGCUUGCUUCCCCCGGUUACAAGCUUUGGUUUAUGGUGAACAGAAUGUUGCACCAACUGCUGAACAUCGAAGAGAGCCUCGACUGUUUGGGAUGCCAGUCACAUCACCCGAUGGAGAACCAGACAAUCCUCUCCCUUACUAAUCUUACCCCAAUGUACUGAAGGCUUCUGAAGCAAAGAUUGCGAUUCUUGUGGUUCCCAUUUGUUAAUACAAGCCUUGCUUUCUCCCAUGGUUAACCUAAAUCAUUGAGGUAAGAUGUGUCUACGGAAAAUUUCAUAUUGUGCUUCAACAAUCAUGUAGCAAGUCAAAUAAAUACAUGACUUGACAUGAUUA